GUAUUUAAAACUAACCAGUGCUCGGACUUUCGCAAGUCCAACUGGCGGUAGAGAUAAAAAACAAAAUACAUUUACUUAUAAAUAUACUUAAAAAGUUGUAAAAAGUACAAUAUUAUCAUGUGAAAUCAUAUCAUAUCGUGUGUUGAGUUUAUAACAAAUAUGCCGUAUCAUUUCAGUGUCGUUCAAUCAAUAAAAACAUGCACAAAUGAUAGACAUAUGGAAAAAAUACCGGCGAAAACAACGAACAAUUGAUAAAAAUAAAAGAGCUGUUUAUACAGGAAUGGCGAGCGCAAGUUGCUUGUGGCCUUAAUAACAAAGGACAACGAUAUACAUAUAGAUCAGGGAUUGGAUUGUUAAAGGAUGGUGUUAGUGGUGAAUGGGGUACUCCAAGAGGAGCCACCCGCAGAUAGCAGGUCUUUGUACUUGGCCCACCCAGUCUACAGAGAAUCAGCAGCACACCUCCACUCUAUGCCAGCUAAAUUGGUAGGCCCGGCUGGUUUACUUUAUGUACAACAACGGGAAAUGGCUGCGACACUCCCACACGAUAAAAACGUGAGUAUUUUGGGCUCAGAUGACAUGACCACGUGUAUUAUUGUUUUCAUUAAACAUUCAGGAUCCGGUGCUGUUGCGCUGGCGCAUUUGGAUGGAGCUGGGACAGAUGAUGCUGCUACUUCCAUGCUGCAAAGGGUAACUGAAUUGGCCAUGGGCUUUCCUGAAGGAAGAAUUGAAUUGCAACUCAUUGGGGGUUAUUCAGAUCCUCGCAAUUAUUCUGAAGAACUUUUUUUUAAUAUACUUUCGGCAUUUCACAGGCAACCUAUUGAGAUUGAUUUAACACUGUGUUGCGUGGGCGAAUUGAAUACGACACUGAGAAGUGGUAUCCAUUGGCCUGUCAUUUAUGGAAUUGGACUAAAUGUCAAGACUGGCGAGAUAUUUCCAGCGACAUUUCCGGACAAGGGCCCCGAUCAGGCUUUGAGAUCCGCUAGACAUUUGACAGGUGGCCAACAGGUUUUAGAUGUUUAUGACUGUAGUUUGGGACUCUUGAGAAUUGGCCCUUUCAAUUAUGAUCCCCUUCGCGGAGUUGAUCUUUGGCUAGCUCAAUCAGAUCAAUUCAUACUUCAACAUCUCUCUACUUCUCCAGAUGUAGAGCCACCGCAUUUUGUUUCACAGAUAAGAGCAACACUUAAAUACAUCCAGGACAAUCAAUUUCCGGCUGUGACUGUCUUUCGGGACAACAGGCCUCACUAUUAUCGUCGAGAUGAGGCAACUGGGGUUUGGCAACCAAUUCGUUAUGAUACUAAUUUUUAAAAAAAAAUAUGAAGUAAAUUUUUGGAAAAAUUGUUGUAAAUACUUGUUCCACCAAUUUUUAUUGCCGGGCUUACUAGUAUUUUUUAAUCAUAUCGAACAAGGGAAAUUGAACUUAUUACAUAGAGCCGUCCCAAAAUGAAGAUUUAAUUGAGUGGAAAUUAUUACCCAAUGUCGAAUGAAAAAUGCUUGUACAAGUGAUUGAAAAUACGAAGAAUGGACUCAUUUCAGAUAUAACAAUUGGGGAGCCUGAAUUCUUUAUGUGAAAACAUAAAUGCAAAGUGAAACUAUUCAACAUAUAUGAAGAGAUAUAUUUUCAUUAAACAUUUAGGAGCAAAAAAUCGUGGAGAUUUAAAUGAUUAGUUUGUUCAUCUACAUCGCAACAAGCAAGUGAAAGAGAAUAUUUUACAUCUAACGCCUGAUAAAUGAGCUUUAUAUUUGGAGUGUAAUGGGCCCUUUUCCUUUUUCCUCUUUUAUAAAAAUAAUAAUAGAAUAAUAAUAAAAAUAAAAUCUACACAACGUC